AUGUCACAGAGGAGCGGGCAAGAGGACCCGGAGCGGUACCUCUUUGUGGACCGUGCCGUGGUCUACAACCCGGCUGCACAGGCCGACUGGACAGCCAAGAGGCUAGUAUGGAUCCCGUCAGAGCGCCAUGGCUUCGAGGCUGCCAGUGUUCGCGAGGAGCGAGGUGAUGAGGUGGUAGUGGAGCUGGCAGAGAAUGGGAAGAAGGCAGUGGUCAACAAGGAUGACAUCCAAAAGAUGAACCCACCAAAGUUCAGUAAAGUAGAGGAUAUGGCUGAAUUGACCUGCCUGAAUGAAGCGUCUGUGCUUCACAACCUGAAAGACCGUUACUACUCCGGCCUCAUAUAUACAUACUCUGGUCUCUUCUGUGUGGUCAUAAAUCCCUACAAAAACCUGCCCAUAUACUCAGACAACAUCAUUGAGAUGUACAGGGGCAAGAAGAGGCAUGAAAUGCCCCCUCACAUCUACGCCAUCUCAGAGUCUGCAUACAGAUGCAUGCUACAAGAUCGAGAGGACCAGUCCAUUCUUUGCACAGGUGAGUCAGGAGCUGGCAAGACGGAAAACACAAAAAAGGUCAUUCAGUACCUGGCACAUGUUGCCUCCUCCCACAAAGGAAGAAAAGACCACAACAUUCCUCCAGAAUCACCAAAACCAGUGAAACUACAGGCACAAAAUGCAGUUAGUGGAGCCCUGUUUUAUGGGGAAUUAGAACGUCAGCUUUUACAAGCCAAUCCCAUCCUUGAGUCUUUUGGGAACGCUAAGACAGUGAAAAAUGACAACUCGUCACGUUUUGGGAAAUUCAUCCGGAUCAACUUCGAUGUCACUGGAUAUAUUGUUGGAGCCAAUAUUGAAACCUACUUGCUGGAGAAAUCCAGAGCUAUUCGUCAAGCCAAAGAUGAGCGCACCUUCCAUGUUUUCUACCAGCUGCUGGCUGGAGCUGGAGAGCACCUCAAAUCGGACCUGCUUUUGGAAGGAUUCAACAACUACCGUUUCCUCUCCAACGGUAACAUCCCGAUCCCGGGCCAACAGGACAAAGACAACUUCCAGGAGACCAUGGAGGCCAUGCACAUCAUGAGCUUCGCCCACGAGGAGAUUCUGGCCAUGCUGAAGGUCGUGUCCUCUGUGCUUCAGUUUGGUAACAUUAUCUUUAAGAAGGAAAGGAACACGGACCAAGCCUCUAUGCCUGAUAAUACUGCUGCUCAGAAGCUGUGCCAUCUGCUGGGUAUGAACGUUAUGGAGUUUACCAGAGCCAUCCUGUCACCAAGGAUCAAAGUUGGAAGAGACUAUGUCCAGAAAGCUCAGACUAAAGAGCAGGCUGACUUUGCUGUCGAGGCCCUGGCUAAGGCUACAUAUGAGCGUCUGUUCCGCUGGCUGGUCCAUCGCAUUAACAAAGCUCUGGACAGAACCAAACGACAGGGGGCCUCCUUCAUCGGCAUCCUGGACAUUGCGGGUUUUGAGAUUUUCCAGUUGAACUCAUUUGAGCAGCUAUGUAUUAACUACACGAAUGAGAAGCUCCAGCAGCUCUUCAACCACACCAUGUUCAUCCUGGAGCAGGAAGAGUACCAGAGGGAGGGUAUUGAGUGGAGCUUCAUCGACUUCGGCCUCGACCUGCAGCCCUGCAUUGACCUCAUUGAGAGGCCGGCAAACCCUCCAGGAGUUCUAGCGCUGCUCGAUGAAGAGUGCUGGUUCCCCAAGGCCACGGACAAGACCUUUGUAGAAAAGCUUAUCCAGGAGCAGGGCACACACACCAAGUUCCAGAAGCCCCGCCAGCUGAAAGAUAAGGCUGACUUCUGCAUCAUCCACUAUGCCGGAAAGGUGGACUAUAAGGCAGACGAGUGGCUUAUGAAGAACAUGGACCCCCUGAAUGACAACGUGGCCACACUUCUGCAUCAGUCAACUGACAAAUUUGUGGCUGAGCUUUGGAAAGAUGUCGACCGUAUCGUGGGUCUGGACCAGGUGGCAGGGAUGAACGAGACAGCCUUUGGUGCCACCUACAAAACAAAGAAGGGCAUGUUUCGUACAGUGGGUCAGCUCUACAAGGAGUCACUCACCAAGCUCAUGGCCACACUGAGGAACACCAACCCCAACUUUGUGCGCUGCAUCAUCCCCAACCACGAAAAAAGAGCUGGUAAACUGGAGCCUCACCUGGUUCUGGACCAGUUGAGGUGUAACGGAGUCCUAGAGGGGAUUCGCAUCUGCAGACAGGGCUUCCCCAACCGCAUCGUCUUCCAGGAGUUCAGACAGAGAUAUGAGAUCCUGACACCUAACGCUAUUCCGAAAGGAUUCAUGGAUGGAAAGCAAGCCUGUGAAAGAAUGAUCCAAGCUCUGGAGCUGGACCCCAACCUGUUCCGUAUUGGUCAGAGUAAGAUCUUCUUCAGAACUGGUGUUCUGGCUCACCUGGAGGAGGAGCGAGAUCUGAAGAUUACUGACAUCAUCAUCUACUUUCAAUCUGUGUGCCGUGGAUACUUGGCACGCAAAGCGUUUGCUAAGAAGCAGCAGCAGCUGAGUGCCCUAAAGGUCCUCCAGAGGAACUGUGCUGCUUACUUGAAGCUGCGACACUGGCAAUGGUGGAGACUCUUCACCAAGGUGAAGCCUCUGCUGCAGGUCACCAGGCAGGAGGAGGAGAUGCAGGCCAAAGACGAGGAACUGGUCAAGGUGAAAGAGAGACAGCUCAAGGUGGAGAAUGAGCUGGUAGAGAUGGAAAGAAAACACCAGCAGCUCCUAGAGGAGAAGAAUAUUCUAGCGGAGCAACUCCAUGCAGAGACGGAGCUUUUUGCCGAGGCCGAAGAGAUGAGGGUUCGUCUGCUUUCUAGGAAGCAAGAGCUGGAGGAGAUCCUUCAUGACCUGGAGUCCAGGGUGGAGGAGGAGGAGGAGAGGAACCAGGGCCUGACGAAUGAGAAGAAGAAGAUGCAGUCACACAUCCAGGACCUGGAGGAGCAGCUCGACGAGGAGGAAGCUGCACGUCAGAAGCUUCAGCUGGACAAAGUUACGGCUGAGUCAAAGAUCAAGAAAAUGGAGGAGGACAUUCUCCUGCUGGAGGACCAGAACUCCAAGUUCCUCAAGGAGAAAAAGCUACUUGAGGACAGGAUCGCCGAGAUGAGCUCCCAGCUGACAGAGGAGGAGGAGAAAGCAAAGAACCUCGGCAAGGUCAAGAACAAGCAGGAGAUGAUGAUGGUCGACCUGGAGGAGCGUUUAAAGAAGGAGGAGAAAACUCGGCAGGAGCUGGAGAAGGCCAAACGCAAACUUGAUGCUGAGACGACUGACCUGCAGGACCAGAUAGCUGAGCUUCAGGCUCAGAUAGAGGAGCUGAAGAUCCAACUGACCAAGAAGGAGGAGGAGCUGCAGGCUGCUCUGGCCAGGAGCGAUGAGGAGACCGUUCAGAAGAACAACGCCUUAAAGCAGGUUCGGGAGCUGCAGGCCCACCUAGCUGAGCUUCAGGAGGAUCUGGAGUCGGAGAAGAUGUGUCGAACGAAAGCUGAAAAACUCAAGAGGGACCUGAGCGAGGAGCUUGAGGCUCUGAAGACGGAGCUGGAAGACACGCUGGACACCACUGCUGCCCAGCAGGAGCUCAGGUCCAAGCGUGAGCUGGAGGUGGCAGAGCUGAAGAAGGCCAUAGAUGAGGAGACCAAAAACCACGAGGCUCAGAUCCAGGAUAUGAGACAGAGGCACGCCACAGCACUGGAAGAAUUGUCCGAACAGCUGGAACAGGCCAAGAGGUUCAAAGCCAACCUGGAGAAGAACAAACAGAGUCUGGAGACUGACAACAAAGAGAUGGCCUGUGAGGUGAAGACUCUGCAGCAGGCGAAGACAGAGUCUGAAUACAAGAGGAAGAAACUGGAGGCCCAGCUGCAGGAGUUUACAGCCAGGGCCACUGAGGUAGAGCGAGCCAAGGGAGAGCUGACUGAACGCUCACACAAACUGCAGACGGAGCUGGACAAUGUGUCGGCUUUGCUGGAGGAGUCAGAGAAGAAAGGUGUCAAACUGGCCAAGGAAGUUGACAAACUCAACAGCAAACUGCAAGAUUUGGAGGAGUUGCGUCAGGAGGAAACGCGCCAGAAGCUGAACCUGAGUGGCCAAAUCCGCCAGCUGGAGGUGGACAAGAACACCUUGUUGGAGCAGCAGGAGGAGGAUGAAGAGGCACGACGCAACCUGGAGAAACAGCUGCAGACGGUGCAUGCUCAGCUGUUUGAGACCAAGAAGAAGCUGGAGGAGGAUGUGGGAGCGAUGGAGGGACUGGAGGAUGUGAAGAGAAAACUCCUGAAGGAUGUGGAGCUGACCAGCCAGCGUCUGGAGGAGAAGACCAUGGCCAUGGACAAGAUGGAGAAGACCAAGAACCGGCUGCAGCAGGAGCUGGAUGACCUGAUGGUGGACCUGGACCACCAGAGACAAAUCGUCUCCAACCUGGAAAAGAAACAGAAGAAGUUCGAUCAGCUGCUGGCUGAAGAGAAAACCAUCUCAGCCCGUUUUGCUGAGGAGCGUGACCGUGCAGAGGCUGAGGCCAGAGAGAAGGAAACAAAGGCUCUGUCCAUGGCUAGAGCUCUGGAGGAGGCCCUGGAGGCCAAAGAGGAGCUGGAGAGGUUUAACAAGCAGCUUCGUGCAGAAAUGGAGGACCUGAUGAGCUCCAAAGAUGACGUGGGGAAGAAUGUCCAUGAACUGGAGAAAUCCAAGCGAACACUGGAGCAACAGGUGGAGGAGAUGAGAACUCAGCUGGAGGAGCUCGAGGAUGAGCUGCAGGCCACGGAGGACGCCAAACUGCGUCUGGAGGUCAACAUGCAGGCCAUGAAGGCCCAGUUUGACCGUGACCUGCAGGCCAGAGAUGAGCAGGGAGAGGAGAAGAAGAGGGCGCUCGUCAAACAGGUGCGUGAGAUGGAAGCAGAGUUGGAGGACGAGAGAAAGCAGAGAACUCUGUCUGUUGCUGCCAAGAAGAAGCUGGAGAUGGACCUGAGCGAGCUGGAGGGACAGAUCGAAGCUGCUAACAAAGGCCGAGAGGAGGCUAUUAAACAGCUCAGGAAACUGCAGGCUCAGAUGAAGGACUAUCAGAGGGAGCUGGAGGAGGCCAGAGCCUCCAGGGAUGAGAUCUUCACCCAGUCGAAGGAGAACGAGAAGAAACUCAAGGGCCUCGAAGCUGAAAUCCUGCAGCUUCAGGAGGACCAUGCAGCGUCCGAGAGGGCGCGUCGUCAUGCUGAACAGGAGAGGGACGAGCUGGCUGAUGAGAUCUCCAACAGUGCUUCUGGAAAGUCGUCACUUCUGGAGGAGAAAAGGAGACUGGAGGCUCGUAUCUCCCAGCUGGAGGAGGAGCUGGAGGAGGAGCAGGGCAACAUGGAGCUGCUCAACGACCGCUUCAGAAAGACCAACAUGCAGGUCGACAGCCUGAACGCUGAGUUAGCCGGAGAGCGCAGCACUGCACAGAAGAGUGAGAACGCUCGACAGCAGAUGGAGCGGCAGAACAAGGAUUUGAAAGCCAAGCUGGCAGAGCUGGAGGGGACUAUCAAGUCAAAGUUUAAGGCGUCCAUCACUGCCCUGGAGGCCAAGAUCCUGCAGCUGGAGGAACAGCUGGAGCAGGAGGCAAAGGAGAGAGCAGCAGCCAACAAAAUCGUCCGUCGCACAGAGAAGAAACUGAAGGAGGUGAUGAUGCAGGUGGAGGAUGAGCGUCGCCACGCUGACCAGUACAAGGAACAGAUGGAGAAAGCCAACUCUCGUAUGAAGCAGCUGAAGCGUCAGCUGGAGGAGGCGGAGGAGGAGGCCACCAGGGCCAACGCCUCCCGCAGGAAGCUGCAGAGGGAGCUGGACGACGCCACUGAGGCCAGCGAGGGUCUCACCCGGGAGGUCAACUCCCUCAAGAACCGCCUCAGGCGUGGCGGUCCAGUCAGCAGCUUCUCCUCCAGCCGUUCUGGCCGCCGUAACCUCAACUUGGAUGGUGCCUCCGUCGACAUGUCAGACGACGACGCCGACAGCCGCUCCGGCGACUUCAACGAGACGCAAACCUCUAACGCCGAGUAAACACAGUGACUCUCUCAUACCUCGCUUUCCCCCUCCCCCUCACCACCACCCGCCUCACCUUUACCUUCACCUCAUCCACCUGUGACCUGCGCACAGUUUUCCCCCGAGAAGAUCCUUGACAUCACCAUUGUCUUUUAUAAUUUUUUUUUUUUUUCAUUUGAAACCACGGACUGGACAGAAGAUUGGAGCGAUGAGCUGUUUUUAGUCAAGCUGGGUGGAGUGCGCCCGGCAGCACGCCUCCGCCCUUUUUUAUAUCAGUUAACACUGCAGGGAAACUCCAGCGCACUCCCCUGGAGGAAAGCCUCCAGUCCUGCAGAGUCACGGGGGCAAAUGGACAACUCUGCCUCUCUCUGCUCUUCUCUGGCAAGCUGCUCGUCCUGGCUCAUCUCCCGGCCAUGUAUCAUCUCAGCGUCAUAACAUAACACCGCCCUCUUCCUCCUCCUCCUCCUCCUUCUCCCCUGUCAGGCGUGAAGUUAUCUACUCAGCUUAUUGAGAAAUUACGCAUAGGUGCAAAGUGCUUUUUAUACAUAUGAAACUCAGCGUGUGUGCUGUAGGUGGAGGCUGUGAGGUGUACACGCAUCAGUUAUGUAACGUAUGUGAACGCACUCCAUACUGGAAAUGCAGGACUAUGAGGAAACGUGUUUCUGGUGUUGUUGUAAGUGUUCUGCUCACUUGUUGUGUAAAAGCCAUCCGAUACUCGACUCACUCCCUCCUCCCAGUGACUCGGUUCAAAAUGGAAAAGCCCAAAAACGCAGAGGCUGCUUUUUUUUUUUUUUUGUUUGUUGCAUGAGUCUCCCUCUGAUGUACAGACUGUUUGUUGUUCGGCUUCGACACUACAACACUACAGGAACGACUAACAUCUCGGGACAUGCAAUAGAAGAACUCUGAAGUGAAAGUGUAUUACUGUGAAACAAAAAAGGUAUUUUAUUUUUCUCUGUCGCUUCAUCUCAAGUUAGUGAAGGAAUGUGUAGCUGGGUUUUAACUGGGAAGCUCUCAAGAUGCUGGAAAAUGCGCAGAACUGCACAGGAAGACGUUUGAAUUUUUAAACUGGAAGCCAACAGGGAGCCCUUACUGGAAAAGUGGCACUCAGUCCACGUGUUUAAAUGUGACGAUGAUGGUUACAGCUUAGUAAAACAUGUAGUUUGAUUAGAAAUGGAGACGGAAUGAAAAUAGUCUCAUGACAUUUCAGUGUUUGUGCCAAGCCCCAGUCUGUAUUAGCAUCACAUCCAAGUCAAAGCUAAAGCAGCUGAAAAAUAAUUACCUGUUAAUCUCACCGCUGUGUUAAAGCAAUUGUAAAGUCUUCAGUGACUUGUUUAAUGCUCUUAAUGAAAAAAACAAUAUUAAUUCUUGCCUGAUAAAGAUUUAAGUUUAAAUUUAAGCCAGCAUGGAUGAGAAGUCUUUAGUUUGUUCAGAGACAUUUUAAUUUUAAAAUCUGUAAUUCCAUGACAACUGGUUUUGAAGCUGUUACACAAGUUAUGACGCUUAAUUGGACGCAACACAAAUCAAAGUAAACGGUCUGUAAUCUUCAUAUUCCCUCCUUUUUAAUUUUCAUACAACUUAACAUUCUGACUGUUUUGACAGGUAAGAAGAAUCUAUGAAAUAAAAACUAAAGAAACUGUCUCUGGUUCUGCUUCAUCGUUGAGACCUUUUCUCCUUUUUAAUCUGUCCAUCAUGAGUAUGACUCUGAAUGACUUUACAUUCAUGCUGGCUAAGACGUUAAAAUAGGGAAGCCUGUGUAACACCUUCAGAACAGCCGUAAAGGUUGCUUUUUUGUUUUGUUUUGUUUUUUUAGGAACUUUUAUCUUUGUGAUUUGAAAGAUGAUGAUGAAACACUUGGGCUGGUUUGUGCCAUGGCUUUGAGAGUUGAAGCCUGACUCCUCAGACUACCGACAGACCUGUUCAAGCACUUAGUAUUCACAGGUUGUCUGAAAAUGAAGUUUGUUUUAUUUCCUUUGCAAUUUUAGCCCGAGUCCCUUUAACAGCUUUUGUAUCAAAGUGAAGUACAGCAGCCAUCUUGACAGUUAAUGAAAACUACAUGCCAGGGCAACCCAUCCAUCAACUCUUCUGUCUUCUCUUGUAUUCUGGAUGUGCAGAUUAAGAUUGUUGAUUCCCCCUUCUCAAAUGUUAACAGGAAGUUUCUUUAAAAGUGCCUUAGACACUAAAUAAGAACAUAAGUGGGCAAAGAUUUCAGUACAGAUGUGAAGCAGAAAAAAAAAAACCCAAUGAGAUGAAACAUUCAUCACUUAAUUCUUUUUCCUUUCUUUUGUAUUUUUGCUGUGCUUCAUAUCAUAUCGGCUGUGUAUCUCUGUGUUCAUAAUAACCUGUUUGGGUCAGAUUCAGUGUCCAGUAUGAUUAACCACGUGAGAAGCGGAGCCCUCAGCUGCAGCACCAUCUCCCAACAUGAUGUCUCUACUCACAGGUGAAGGUUUAGUUCUGAGGUUAUUUUGGGGAAAUGAUGCACAGCACAGGAUGUCAUCUGGUUCGAAGCUUUAUCAUCCACAAGUAGUUAACUCAUUCUUAUUUUAUUAUUAUAAUUAUUAUUAUUAUUUUUAUCAUCCAGCUGGCUGUUGACAACCAGGCGUUCAACUGCAGAUACUCCCAUCAUAUUAUUUCUUGUAUACCUGUAUUUCUAGACCGUAAUUUUUUUGUUUUGUUUGUUUUUGUAAAAGGAAAAUAAAGCAUAUUCAUUGUA